AGGUUGGUCCGUGAGCCCCAGAACCUGGAACACUGGCUGGACUAUGGUGCCUUCUGCCUCCUAACUGAGGACAACAUCAAAGCACAGGAGUGUUUUCGGAAAGCCCUUUCCCUCAACCAGAAUCAUAUCCAAAGCUUGUUGCUGUGUGGUGUCCUAGCUGUCCUUUUGGAGAAGUAUGAGCAGGCAGAAAUUUUCUUUGAGGAUGCUACUUGCUUGGAACCAACUAAUGUUGUAGCCUGGACUUUACUUGGUUUGUACUAUGAAAUUCAAAACAAUGAUAUUCGAAUGGAAAUGGCAUUUCAUGAAGGCUUCAAACAACUUCAGGCACGAACGUUUCAGGCACAAGUAAUAAAGCAGAGGAGCACUGGUCCUUUUGAGUACAUUGAAGAAGGAGGGAAAGUAGAAGAACACAGUUUAGGUCCUUGGGGAAUCACUAAUGGUUCUUCUGCAACAGCAAUGAAGGCAGAAACCCCAGCAGGUAGGACCAGGAAAUGGAGAUGAUGAGUGGCUAUUGAAACAAUUACUGGCCUUAUGAAUAGGGCCUGGCACAUAGUAGGUAGUAAAUAAUUGUCAAAUGAUUCAGUAGAUGGAGUUUUGAAUUAUCCCAGGGAUACCAGGGAAGACUCCUUUUAAUAAUUCCUCAUUCAUAUGAUUGGAAGUCUGAAGCUAUUGUUGCCAUUCAGGUUUUUUAAUCUUAGAGAAUUUACUGUUUCUGUGUUUCAAUAAGAGUGGUAUGAUUGUAACAGAGUAAAUUUCUUUCAUUUUCCCCUCACUUUCUUUUCCAACACU